AUGACUUCCAUCACAAAUAAGAUCAGGGAAUCAGUCCCUCGCAACAUCGAACUCCUAGGUAUUCUCUCCGAUACAGAUCAUGCACAGCCGGCUCUAGAACAACAGAAGCGCUAUGUUGAUGACCUUAAUAAUGAACUCUCUGCUACCCAGAAGCGUAUCACCGUGCUUGACAAACAGCGGGCUAAAGAGUUUAAGGAACAUAAAAGGUAUCGCGACUCGGUUAUGAAACGUUUUGCAUACCGAGUAAGCGGCAAGACCGAGAGAUUCGAAGCCAAGGCUGAGAAAGAAGAGAAAGAAUAUUUCGCUGUUUUACAGGAAGAACAGCAAGCUAAAGAGAUGGAAGAGCAUCUUAGACAAAUGCGGUCGAAGGCCUUGGAGGCCCAGAGCGAUUUAGAGGCUGAAAUGAGUCGUCAUAUGGAAGCCAAGCAGCAACUUGACAACCUUUAUGACAGUAUUUUUCAAGGACCAACACCAGGUUUUCCAGAUGAGGAUCGAUUAGAAGAGAACUCUAGGAAUGCUUUACAAUCCUACCAAAACAUUCGCACGACGGUGGAGGCGGAGCAUCAGGUUGUGCAUCUCUUAACAGAAGCCCAAGAGCGGGUUCUCAGAGCGCUCAAUUACACCGAAGAAGCCCUUGACCAUAGCCGAAUGGAUAUGUUUGGUGGCGGGACAUUAACGGACAUGAUGGAGCGUAACGCAUUGGAUAAAGCCGAAAGUCAAGUCAGUCAGAUGCUAUCACUCGUGCGACAGGCACAGCACGCGUCGCAAAAAGUACAAGAUCUACCAGCCGUCGAAAUCGCACACGGUGAUCUAUUGGGUGAUGUCUUUUUCGACAACGUAUUUAGCGACAUGGCUUUCCACGAAAAGAUCAAGGAUUCCCGCGCAAGUAUUUAUCGAGCCCACGAUAGCCUACGCAAUCAAUUAGCCCUGGCCAAAUCAAGAUACCAAGAAGCCGAGCAGGAGUUGCAUAUGCGCACGGAGACUCUAAAAAGGGCUAGAGAAGAGCUGCAAAAUGCAAGACAAGCCAUAUUUGAACGUGUCGAUAAUGAUAAUAUGGGUGAGCCAGAAUUUGGUAUGGAUCAACCUCCCCCAUAUCAAAUAGGGGCCUGA